GCUUGCAUUGCCAAUGAAUUAUACAGAAGUAUUACAUGCACUUGUCCCAUUAUUGUGCUACGUUGUAUUGAAUUAAGUCUGAAUCUUGAAUCAGAAAUUUUUUGAACUCUUAUUCCAGCCUGCUUUUAGAACAGAAUCCAUUUUUUUUCAUCCAGUGAUUUUAUUUUUCUAAAAUUGGAAGAACAUCAUCUCUGGCAGGUCCUUUUCACGAUAAGCUGACAUGAAUACCUAGAUCGAAUUGAUUUUUUUACUCCUCAGAAAUUCACACACCCAUACUCUUAAAUCAGAGUUAUGGAAUAAUAUUGUAUGGAUAAUUUGGCCUAAAAGAAAUCGAAAUCUGAAUUACAUUAAAAAUAUAAAUGUUUGAAUUUAGUUCUAAAUUCAAAAUGCAGUGUGUUUUGUUUAUAAUGCCUGAUCAUACUUUCAUAACUAAGUGUUUGGAUGUGAUAAAUUAGCUAUAAAUGUAAAAUUGACAAAGCAGGCUCCUUUUCUAAAACCUUAUAGUCCUAAUUUUAUUUAUGAAAAUUCAGUUUUAUCACUAAAUUCCUGUUUAGUGUUUAUUUGCUUUCACAAUGUUGAAUAAUCUAAUGCUAAGCACCUGGCAGUAAAUUGCAUUGUAAGAUGGGAGUUGAUUUAUUCUAGUGCUGAGAUUUUUGGAAGAAUCUGAAAAUGCUAGAUAUUGCACUAUUGUCAGAUCAUUAGUUUGUGAUGCAGAAUUACGCAUGACAAAUUUUAAAUUCAGAUUGAAUAUUUUUAGCAAUUUUUACACGUGCAGUUUAACUUGGGAAUUCUGAUCUUCUGCAUUCUACACGUUUUAGUCAUUUGAGUAUUGCAUCUACACCUAUUUUGAGCUGAAAAUUUAAAUGAAGCUUUGAUUCCUCCUUCCCCUCAAUUAUAAUAUAUUUUACUUAUUUUUGAAGCUUGAUGGUCUGAGACCUGAAUAUUUUCCAAGGAAAGCUAUUAUGGCAAAUGCAAUUUUUGGAAAAUUUAGCUUCCGUGUCUUGACAAAAUUUCAUUGACCGUAAGGUUGUUUAAAUGAAUUUCAUUUUACUUAUGACUUUGUGGACUGUGCAUGAUAUUCCUUUGAGAAAAUUAUAAAUUUAACUUAAAUAUUAAAGUAACUGAAGACUUGUAUGCUCCAUUGCAUAACUAAAUGUAUUUGUUAUUUGGUAAGUAUUUUGGCAUAAUCUGGCUAUUAAAUGUAAACAUUGACACAGAGUUGGUGUGCUCUAAUGUUCUUGUGAAUACAAAUGCAUGUUGACAGGACUAGGAAGCUUACUGAAUAAAGUAGUGCUAUUAUGCUUCUAGUAGAAAAAGACCUACUGCUCUGCUUUGUGUAACUAAUGUGCUGUUUGAGUUGGUUGCUGCAGGGAUUUGCUGGUUCUGGGUUCAUUUAGUGCACCCCACUGUUGCUUGUCUAACAUUUUUUUCCUUUUUUAUAUUCUGCUAUAAGGUAUGUAUUUCUUGUUUGAUCACAAGUUCAUCUAAAUAGAAAAUGUGACACAAUUUUUAGCUGUUGGUUUAAAAAAAAAAUACUUGCUGGUGUCUUUUUUGGCUAAUUUUGGUGGUAGUCAAAAAAGUGAUUUCAAACCCUGCAUGUUUGUCUUUUUAUACUCAUCCCCUGACAUAACCUUUUUGUUGUUGUUGCCUCAGAAAAUUUAAAGCAAUCCGCUGUAACUGGCGAACCCACAAAGAAAGUAUGAAAGAGCCUUUUAGAUAGAACCCAAGCAUAAGACAAGCAGACAAGCCAAAGACCUCUUAAGGAUCAGGCUUGAAGAAAAGAGAGGGAGGGUGAAAAAGAUUAAAGCUUGAAGAGGGAAAAAGUCAAGGCUUCGAUUUGUCUGCAAUUGGAAAAAAGGUUGUUUUGUCAAAGUCAAAGCCAAGUGUCUUAUUUGGGCCAGCGCCUCAUGUCAAGUCCUUCUGGCAAGCACUUAAAGAGUUAAAGGUCAAGCUGACGGUGCAAGGUCAAGUUUACAGCCAAAUUUAAGGUAACCAGCAAAGUCCUGAUAUUGUAUCCUACCAUAGUGAAACAGUUCAUUUGCUCUUAAAUAUUGUUCUUAACUGCAAUUUUACAAACUUAAAUGAUCCUUAUGUAAUACAAAUAUAUAUUAAAACGUUUAUAACUGAUAAAUCGUAGUCUCAGUGCUGCAGAUAAAUUCAUUCUUUUUUUAUUUUCAAAAAUUGAUUUUGAUUCGCGUGUUCUUGACACCUUUUUGUUUCUAGCUGUUGACUCAACAGGCGAUCACUACGGUGUGAAAUAGAAGACCUAAGUUUUUUUUAAAGGUUUAGAAUACUUUUUAUAUUUUAUUCAACUUCGUUCUUGUCACUUCUCCAAAUACUGUUUAACUGUCUAUUUUUGCACAAGAUGUCCCAUAUUUGUCUUCCUCCAUGAUCUGAAUUAGAUGCUGCAGAUUUACAGUUGCAGGCACUACUGGAUGUCUUAUUUUAGUGAAUUAAAGCAGGGCUUGACAUUUAUUAAAGGAUGCCUGCAAGCUGUGGGAAGUCACUUGCCAAAUGAGCAGACCUUUGUUCUGUCCUUGUGCAGUGGCUACUAUUGUAGCACAUUUUACUCCUCCACAGUAGAAUACAUCCUACUGGAGUGAAACACUUAAAAGAUUAUUUUGUUUUUUGACUAGCAAUGUGACAUUUAUUUAUGUUCAUUUACAAGUCACAACUGAAUUGUUUGCAGCAUUUUGUUAAAUAUGAUUUUAUUAAUAAAUGAGACCAGACUGAGAUCAGAAAAUAAUUCUAGAUUGAAUUUCAUGUGGUAAUGGGGUAGCUACGACCUAAUAAUAUUUUGCAUCAGGAUGUAAUACUGUCUUUCUGUUCUGCAUUUAUUUUCUAGUAUUAUGAUUCACUUAGAAAAUUUGAAUGAAAACCCUAUUUUAUUAAUAAUAAUAAGAAAUUUGCACAGUUUUUGUAAUAAGCUAUAUUUGAUGUAGUUUUGACAUCUUAUGCAAUUUAAUAUAAUACAAAAAGCAAAUUUUCUAAGUUUUGGCAAAACAAUGUUGUGGUUGAAAAUGUGUAUUGAAGAUUGUAGGAUGUGUUCGAAACCUGUGAAAGUGAAAAGCCCCCUUAACAGCUUAGCAUGUUUGAAGAUGUUCGUGAUGCAGAAGAUGCACUCCACAACCUGGACCGGAAAUGGGUCUGUGGCCGCCAGAUUGAGAUCCAGUUCGCCCAAGGUGAUCGAAAAACACCUGGUCAGAUGAAAUCAAAGGAACGAAGAUCUUCACGAAGUUCACCACGAUAUGACCGUUAUGAUGACUAUGAUAGGAGGAGAAGGUCCAGGAGUCGAAGUUAUGAUCGGAGGAGAUCACGAAGUCGUUCUUACGAUCGAAGUCACCGGAGAUCUGAUAGCCCUAAAAAUUCACGGAGCAGAUCAAGUGGAAAGCGCAGACGUAGCCGUAGCAACUCUUUCAAUGACAGGUAGGGCCAAGCAGAUUGCAUUGGCUGUUGUUCAUGUUCAAUCAUCAGUGAAGUUUCUAAAAUUGAAGAGAAUGCUGU